AUCUCUAUAUUGUCGAGAAGUUCGUGUCGAAAGUCAAGAAAAUAUGAUUGCUGUGGUUUGCUAACCUUCGUAGUGACGUUUUUCUGCUAUUAAAUAAAUUACGUUAUUUACGUAGAAUUGUCCAAAAGUAUAAAUAAUUUAAAAUCGUUUAAUGAUUUGUGAUACUUUGUGCUGUAAAAAAAUAAUCUUUAUAUGUGUGCAGCUAGAUGUGUAGUUAGAAUUGGUGUAUCAUGGAAAUUAAAGCUACUUUGAGCUAAUUAGAGGAUCAUGAGUAGAAAAUAUGGCUGAACAUGGCGAUCUUUAUGAACAACAGCUUUUUGAUGUAUUCGAGAGCUGUUUGACAAAAGGAGAGGAUGAACUCGACGAGAGUGAUUUAAUCUCCAUUUGCAAUAAAUUACAUCUGGAUGGAUUAAUCGAAGAAUUGAAGUCAUGCAUCAGCAAACGUCGUCCAGAUAAACGAACUAUAUCCUUCCAGGAAUUUCGGGAUGGUUUAUUACUUCUGUUAAAGAAGUUCCAAGGAUUAAUAAUGGAUAAGCAACAUAUUGUACAGCCAUGCUAUAAUUCAAGUACACGUGGUAUUGAUAUUGAGAAAAGUGAGGUUUUAUCGGUCAAUAGCAUUUCCAAGAUUCACCUUCAAGCGAUACAAAGUGGUGUACCAAUGGAUGAGAGUAGAUUAAUGCGUUUGUGGGAAAAAACGAAGGUUUGUUUAAAAGGAAACGCGGAUGCUGCAACGAUGCAGCUUAUAUCAAGCUGUUUAGGAAUUCCCGAGCUUCCGAAGCAAAUAGCUGAAUCUAUCUUUGAGUGGUUAGAUCAGAAUUGCGAUGGAUUGAUAAGCUUCGAUGAGUUUGUAAUUAUAUUUCAAAAAUCGUGCAUGAAGGCCUCGCAAGAGAAUAACUCGUCUCACAACAGUAUUGUACAACGCGAUGUAAAUACGUUAGAUUUUAAUGCAUAUAAAUCUCGUGGAAUUGAUUCGAUACAGGCUAACGAAACUUUAGAUAAGCGGGAAGUUGCAGGUGUCUCCAAUGUAACUGUGCUGUCGUCCAGCGAAGAUCUCAAUGCUUUAAACACCAGUCUCGCGGAAGUAACAAACAUUAUAUGCGAUGAUCUUAAGAAUUUGAAUGAAUCACCAGAAAGUGAUACUAUUCAAUCUCAUAUUGACUUACUGCAAGAAAUAGUUAAUGCGUAUCAGGAGGAGCAACGCAAUCUAAAUGUUGCAAUCGAGAACAUGAAAACUGAAAAGGAGAAGAUGCGUGUCGAUAUAUUGGAAGCUAAUGAACGGGCGAAUUUAUUAGCACAAGAAAUUGAGGAAUAUCAAGUUCAGUUGGAAAAAACGAAGGAGAGUGUGCAGAAGCAGAGCGAACAACGUUACGCCGAAAUCACGAAGGAUUUGUUGGAUCAGCUUAACGCUGAACGGGAAAUGGACGCCGCGGCCCUCAAAUCGAGAGACGAUCAAUUGCAGACACUGCAGAAAGAAAAUCACGAUAUGAAGAAUAAAGUUAUAAAUAUGUUGCAGGAGAAUCAGAUGCUCGAAGCGGAAAAUAAAACUUUUCUCAAUCAAAUCGAUAAACUGCGGCAAUCCAACAACGAUUUGUUGAAUCAGAUAAAAAUAUUAGACGCGGAGCAGGAUGAGAUACAAAGCAUGGAAGCGAGGCAGCAGGAGCAAGUUGAUUUCUUCAUCGAUCGUAUCAAGCAUCUGCAGUCGGAAGUGACUCUCUUACGAGAUUACAACGACGAGCUGAACGCGGAAUUGGAAAAUUCAAGAAGCCAGAGCAAAGAUACGAGCUACGAUGCGCCGUCAUCUUUGGCGUACGAUUUGCAGCUGGACGAGAACCAAGAUAAGAGCCGGAUAACGCAAGAGUACAAUGCGGAUCGGCAAAUCGAUCAAGCGAGAGCGUCGUUUGGUUUUGGAUCAUCGAUAACCGAGGAGCAGACCGACGUGUCAAAUGCAACGGAGUACAAAAGAUUUAGAGAUACGAUCAUAAAAGACUUGGAAAAUGUAUUGGCAAGUGCAAAGUGCGUCGCGGAAAAAUGUCAUUUGAGGGACGGCAUAUCGAGAUUGAUCACUGGCAUGCAAUCGAAUUCCGCGCCACGCUAUUCCGCGCGUGAUGCAGGAAAGAGCAUAGCGUCCGAACUUGAAAUGGAAUGCGAGGAACGGGCUAACGAGUCUUUACGGGAUUUGGUCGUCUCGAAAGUACCGAAGUUGUCCUCCGCGAAGCGUGCAGCGAUAUUGAGUAGCACGGAAGACUUGAACGAUUUUACUGGCAGUCAAGAUGUGAAGAAUGCGGUGCAAAGUAAAACGACGAGUCUUCGAGAUUAUCCACCGCGAAAAGAAGAGCAACAUUCUGUGGAGCAGUGCAAAACUAAUAAGGAAAAGAACAGUUCCUCAAGCAUUACCGAAAUCGAAAACAUUCCAAAGAUUGCGAUAACCGCCGAAUUGAUAGAAGCGGAAAAGAAGCAGUUGAUCGAGCGUUGCCAGGAACUCGAACGAAGCUUGGAUUUGUUGAAAGCAGAAUACGAAGAAUGUGAGGAUUAUUGGGCCGCCAAGCUGGAAGAAGAGAGACAGCUCUUCGAACAAGAACAGAAGCUAAGCGACGACAAACUUGCUGAACUGAUCAACAAAAUAGCGGAGUACGAAGAAUUAAUUAGUCCUUCGGAUAAAUCAAAGAAUAACGGACGAUUGUCGCCGAUAGAGGAAAAGUUCAACUUGGAACAACAGUACGUAGAUCUUGAGGAUGAGUUUGAGAAGUGGAAAAUAAAAACUGAAAACGAUAUUUCGCAGAAGAAUCUAGAAAUUGGGGAUUUGCGCGAGAAGUUAAAACUGACAGAACAGCCGGUUACAAACGAUUCUUACGUGCAAGUCCCAGACGAACUUUCCUUACCGAUGUUGUCGGAUUCAUCGCGUUGUAAAUCCUCUAGCACAUCUAGCAUUCCAUCAAUAAACGAUCUGUUCGCGAAUAUAGAUCUAUGCACAAACAAUCAAACGUAUCGUACCUUAGCAGACUUUCCAUUAUCCAGCGAUCAUAGCAGGCCAUUGAAGCAAGAAGUUCAAAUCGAUGGUCACAAUCUGUAUAAAACUCACGUCGAAUGUCCCGUAAAAGGAAUAAGAGGAAUGAACAAAGAUCAAAAAGCACAAAUAUAUCAAAAUAAUCCACACAUUGGCGCUAAGACCAUGUUAACGGUGAAAGAGGAAGACAGGUGCGACGGGGAAUUCAAAUUGAUGCACGAUGUGAAAGAAACUAGUUAUCCGUGCACGCAGAAUAAUGCACAGCAGCAUGUAAGUUGCGUCCAUAUGAGCGUUUUGCAAGAGUUAAAAAUAAAACUUUACGAACAAGAACGCAAGAAGCGGCAUUUACAGCGUUAUAUUAAACAGAAGCGGCAUUACAUUGAAAAAUUAUUGCAACGUGUAAUGAUGCAGCAUCAAACAGAAGUAUUUGAAUUGCAGUGCCUUCUUCGUAAUACCCAAGAAAAACUCCAAAUACAAAUUCAAACGACUGUUGAUCAGGCUGAUAAAUUGGCCAGUGCUGAUAUAUUGGUGAAGGACUUGUAUAUAGAAAAUGCAUGUCUAACAGCACAUAUGAAACGUUUACAAGAACGUUGUCUUGUCUUAAGUGGCCUCGAUGUAGGUUCGACUUCGAUGUGAUGUUCAAAUAAUUCUUACUAUACAGCUAUUAUAAAAAAUAAAUUAAUGCGUUAUAUUGUAUGUACUGAAUAAUUGUAUAUUAUUUAUUUUAUGUAAUUAUAUCAGCGAUAUACAAGUGAUACUGUAAUGUCGUAAGGGAUGUAACUCAGGGAUGUGCAGUUGGAAAAUAUGUAUUGUAGCACAAGUGCCUUUAGUUUUUAAUUUGACUUCAAAUUAAAACAACAGAUUUCGCUUUAAUCCUAUCGCAGAAUUAAUGGAAAACCCUGCAAUUUAGAAGCAAUUGUUUUACAAACAAUAUGAAAUAGGGUAUAAAAAGUAGAUCAAAGAGAAAUGUUUAUAAUCGAAAGUAAUUUAUUAUCUUUCAUUAAGUAAUAUUCUGUAUAUAGAUGGAUACAUAAAUCACGUCAUACAGCACGCAAGCACUGGAAUAUAUAAAAAUAUUUAAGUGUAUAUGUCAGAUUUUAAUGGUACACAUUGUUGUGUUCUGUGCCAUAAUAUUCAUAGAUGAUACUUUGGCAUCUAUUAGAAUACAUGGAAUAAUAAGUUAUAAAAAAUUAUUUAUAAUAUUUAAGCAAUAAUAAAAGCUACUUUCACAUUAAAAUCGUCCAAACUUAAUAAAUAGCGCAACAAAAACACUAGUAGGCUGCGACCAAGUAAUUUCUGAUUAAUUCGGACAGUAUUAAUCUCGCAUAAAAAUUAAAUUACACUGCGUGAUCUUGUGAUCGUUUAAGUUAUACUAUUAGUUUUGGUGAUGGUGAAUUACUCUCACUUAAUCGUUCUAUAUUUCACUAAUAAAAUACUUACACGGCGAGAGAAAUGGUAGGGAAACGACCUGAAAGAUUGUUAAAAGAAUUUUAUAAAAUUUUGUAAAAAAUAUAUCCGCUUCAAUCCGCUUA